AUGGAGCAUCCUCUAGAAUUCACGUAUGUUUACUCCUUUUUCCUUCGGCCACCUGGGAAAUUCGACCCCGUCGAAUACGCGCAGUACGUUCAGCAGAUUGCAGCAGUUCGUUCGGUAGAGCAGUUUUGGAGCGUCUACCGACAUAUAAAACGACCUUGUGAUAUUGGAGAGAAAGUGGAUGUGCACUUUUUUAAGAAAGGCAUUAGUCCAGUUUGGGAAGAUGAGGCAAAUCUUAGAGGUGGAAAAUGGAUUAUCCGUUUGAAGAAGGGUUUAUCAGCUCGUAUUUGGGAAAAUCUCUUAUUAGCAAUGGCUGGCGAGCAAUUCUUAGUAGGUGACGAGAUUUGUGGUGCAGUGUGUUCCGUACGCAACCAAGAAGAUAUAAUAUCAUUGUGGAAUAGAACUGCCGACAAUAUUGGAGUUACUAAUCGAAUUCGUGACACUCUUCGACGCGUUCUGAACUUACCCAUUAACGCAAUUUUGGAGUAUAAGCGUCACGAUGAUUGUUUAAAAGACCAGAGCAGUUAUAGACAUGCUAAUGUUGAUCCGCUAUCACGGAGGCUUUGA